AGAGAGAGAGAGAGAGAGAGAGAGAGAGAGAGAGAGAGAGAGAGAGAGAGAGAGAUGUGGAUAGCUAGAGCGGCUCUGGAGAGGGACUAAGCAGUCAUCUGUGUUUCUUGGUUGUUUGCACCUGAGUGCUUCUACCAUGCCAGAGUGAGUGCUGCCUUUUGCAAAUGAUGGACUCUUGUUUUGUGCCCCUGGAGAUCAACUGAAUUGUGGCCACAGGACUUGAACACGAUGGAGAACAACACGACCAUCUUUCAGGAUGUCACUCGGGUUGUAAAUCGGACUGAAAUGCCUCUGAACCCUCUUGAAGAGCAGGUCAUAACAAUAUUUUUGACAAUGCUAAUCUGUGUAGUUGGGAUUGCUGGCAAUGUCAUGGUGGUGCUGGUUGUGCUGCGCACUAAACACAUGGUCACCCCGACUAACUGUUACCUCGUCAGUCUGGCUGUCGCAGACCUCAUUGUGCUGCUUGCUGCUGGGCUCCCUAAUAUCUCUGAUGUUGUAGCCUUCUGGAUAUACGGAUACACAGGAUGCUUGUGUAUAACAUAUCUUCAGUACCUCGGCAUCAACGUGUCGUCCUGCUCCAUCACAGCCUUCACCAUCGAACGAUACAUUGCUAUCUGUCACUCCAUAAAAGCUCAGUUCAUAUGCACCGUUUCCAGAGCCAAGAGGAUCAUAGCUGGAGUCUGGAUCUUCACCUCACUCUACUGCAUUAUGUGGUUCUUCUUAGUGGACACAGAUGAAACUGUCUAUACCAACGGAGUGGUGGUCACUUGUGGCUACCGUGUCUCCAGGAGCUUCUACAUGCCAAUCUAUUUCCUGGACUUUACUUUGUUCUAUGUGAUCCCCCUCGCUGUGGCCACCGUGCUGUACGGGCUCAUCGCGAGGAUCUUGUUCAUGAGCCCUCUGCCCUCACAUCUGAACGACAGAGCCGGAGGAGGGUCGGUCCACCAGGGUCACUCCAACAGCACCAACAAGGCCAACAAGGGUGCAGUCUCUGCAAGGAAACAGAUAACAAAGAUGCUUGCCGUGGUGGUCGUCCUCUUCGCGUUGCUCUGGAUGCCGUACCGAACCCUGGUGGUGGUCAACUCCUUCAUCGACCCGCCUUACAACAACACCUGGUUCCUGCUCUUCUGCCGGAUGUGCAUCUACACCAACAGUGCCAUCAACCCCAUCAUUUACAACCUCAUGUCUCAGAAGUUUCGCGUCGCGUUCAAAAAGCUCUGCAAGUGCAACUGGCAACGCAAGGAGAAGGCGGCAGAGUACAAUGUGCCGAUGUAUUACAGCGUGAUAAAGGAUUCAUCCCACGAGAGCAAUGAGCUUGUCACAGAGCAGGAGGAAGUGAGCGGCCAAACCACCAAGAGGUUCAACAAGACGGAUGAUGAUGCAAGCACUUUAAGUAUUUCUUAAUAAAGGCUUUGCUGAGUUCGGACAGACUUUAUGAUAAAUCAUUUGUGAAAAUCUUUCAUUUUAAUGUUAGAUAUUGCUGUUAUUUCCACCUGUUAGAAAAAGAACUUAUAGAUAAACACAUAUUCUUGUUGUUCGCUGUGACACAAGUUGUAUUUGUGGUGUGGUAGUUGUGGUACUUUUACAUCAAUAUUGUAACUGUGUUGUAAAUACAGCACGUGAAACCAGGCUUUAGUGUACUUCACACAGCUUAAUGGGAACUAAUGGCAUCACAAUGUGUGUCACCAUUUCACAAUAGUGUAAGUGGAUCUUUGAAAUAUCAUAAUCACCAUUGUUGUGCACAUAAAAAAAAAAGACCCGGCAAAGAUGGACAAUUUAUGUGAAACGUGAUAUUGUGGGUGCAUAUUAUGAAUUUUGCCUUCAGACAAUGUCCAGACUUUAUGUUAACUAGUUCUGUCAUGAAUCAGCACUGAUUUUGUGCAGCAAUGACCUAAUCAAAUUAUCAGUAUAAUAUGUCUCUUGAUAACAAGUGUACUUGUGCUUUUCAUGCGCUCAGGCUGGAGUGCUCCUCAGAUGUUCCACGCUCUUCAACAGCACUGAUGAACAAACAGCACAGUUUUUCACCCUUUUUUAUACAUUUAUUCAGUUUUAACAAGUCGACAGUACAUAAAAAAACCAACUGCGAGAGAGAGAGUUCUAACUGUGCAGCCGUAUGUUUCUGACUGUGUCCAUAUACUGUAUGAUUGAAAAUGGAUGUAGUCUUUGUGAUGUCACACAUGAGUUUCUAAAGAGCUGUUGUGAAGCUCAAAUGUUUUUUGCUGUGAACAUAUUUAUUUCUGAUCUAUAGUUGGGCAUUUUAAUAUGGGGCCUUAUGGAGAUUGACUCACUUCUGUAGCCAGCCUUAAGUGGCCAUGUGAGGAACUGCAGUUUCUGUUGGCUUCAUUUGCCAACCAAGGACGUUGCAGCUAAAUCAUUUUUGGUAUUUAAUUUAAAAAACCUCAUCUAGGUGGAUAUUUAUUGAGAGGACAAACUGAGCUUAUUGUCAUAAAAUAUACAUUUAAAAAAUGCAUUUGUUUGUCAUGACCAAAUACCUGCAAAACUAAUGACACCCUCUGCCUCAGCUGUACCUUGUGUUUAGUGUGAAUUAGCAAAUGUUAGCAUGCAAAUGCAUCCGUGUUAUUUAUACAGCAUCAUGACCAUUAUAUAUAUGUUAACAGAGUAGCUACUGUAAGCAGCUUCCAUAGACAGGUGUGCAAGGCUAACUACUUAAACUAGUCUCUACACCGCCAUAGUCCACCUACACAGCUGUUCUCACUCAUGUUGUCACAUUAGACACCCUCUCAGACCUGACUGACAUCUCAUUCACUCUCCUCAUAGAUUUAUUACACUUGUUGGACAUAAUCAUAAUUAGAUUAGAUGAUUAUUAAAUAAUAGGCUUUGGUGUCAUUGUGUAAUUCCAAGAGUAGCUCCACUCCACCUAACUAGAGGUCUGAUUAUUAUUUAAAAUGCCUGUGUGGGUGCAAGGCCUUUAAUAUUAAGUGUUUUAAGCCUCAGCAGCAAAUAAUUACUAUACCAGUACUUCCUCUUUUUCUCCUUGACAUUGUCACCGGAUUUACCAGCUAAAAACAACCCCUCAAUCCUUCUUCUGAGAUUAUUUCUGACUCCAGAUUCGCGUGUGGGAGAAGUUCAUAUCAUUAGACUUCCAGUCUGCCAAACUGGGCAGCAGGAGGUAAUAAUCUCUGAAGCUCUGAUAACAAACAAAUCAGUUCCAAUUCAAAACAUCAGCCAAUUCAGAGAAUAUACAUAAAGCCUUUUUUAGCCACUGGAGAGACAUGCAACAAAUCUGACAGCAAAUGCAUCAUGGGGAACAUGUUGUGACGUUAAGUGUUGCCAACGAGUUUUCUGUCUCCCUCGUCUCGUUGCUGUUGAAAUGCUGUCAGCGGCAUGUCUCAACAUAUCCAGCUCUCGAGACUCAUGUAUGAUUCCUUUUCGCAAUCGACAUAUUUAUAUAUUCUGUAUACUGUACACAUGUGAGCCCGAUGUUGAUUGUGUGUUUUUAGCAUAUUUUGUAAAAAUGCUCGUAGUUUCCUGUGUACUGUGGGAUUAACAAAUUGUCCUUUUACAGCCCUAAAAAAUUUACAUUUUCUUUAUUCAUGAGAAGUUUUUUGUGUCAAAUAAAUGUUAAAAUAAA